CGGCCUCGGCCCGGACGCGCUGCGGGGAGGGGCGGAGCGAACGGGCGGGAGCGCGCGCUGGGCCCGCCUCGGCUGCUGCCGCCGCCGCCGCAGCAGCCACCGCUGCCGGGGAAUAAUCUGGGCGGCAGCGGGCGGCCCCGGCUAGCAGCCACGAGCCACUUCUGCGGCUGCCGAGAAGAGCGAGGGUCGCCGGUCUCGUGUCGUCCCCCUCUCUGCCCCCUCGGAGGGGCAAGAGGGAGCCGAGGCUGAUGUCAGAAAAUGUUUGCUGACCCCUGAUGAGAGUAGGUAAUGAUUACUACCAAAAGAGAAAAAAGAAAUACGUUUUUGGGAAAUGGCCUCUAAAUCUUGGCUGAAUUUUUUAACCUUCCUUUGUGGAUCAGCAAUCGGAUUUGUUUUAUGUUCUCAGCUACUUAGUAUUUUGUUGGGAGAACAGAGGGACCUCCAGCCGAAUAUUCUUCAUAAUGAUCCUCAUGCUAGGCAUUCAGAUGAUAAUGAACAGAAUCAUCUAGAAGGACAGAUGAACUUUGAUGCAGAUGCUAGCCAACAUAAAGAUGAGAACACUGACAUCGCCGAAAACCUCUAUCAGAAGGUUAAAAUUCUUUGCUGGGUAAUGACAGGGCCUCAAAAUCUAGAGAAAAAGGCUAAACACGUCAAAGCUACAUGGGCCCAGCGUUGUAAUAAAGUGUUAUUUAUGAGUUCAGAAGAAAAUAAAGACUUCCCUGCUGUGGGAUUAAAAACCAGAGAAGGCAGAGACCAACUAUACUGGAAAACAAUUAAAGCUUUUCAGUAUGUUCAUGAUCAUUAUUUAGAAGAUGCUGAUUGGUUUAUGAAAGCAGAUGAUGAUACAUAUGUUAUAUUAGAUAACUUGAGAUGGCUUCUCUCAAAAUACAACCCUGAAGAACCCAUUUACUUUGGGAGAAGAUUUAAGCCCUAUGUAAAGCAGGGCUACAUGAGUGGAGGAGCAGGAUAUGUACUGAGCAAAGAAGCCUUGAAGAGAUUUGUUGAUGCAUUUAAAACAGACAAAUGUACGCAUAGUUCCUCCAUCGAAGAUUUAGCACUGGGGAGAUGCAUGGAAAUUAUAAAUGUAGAAGCAGGAGAUUCCAGAGAUACCACUGGAAAAGAAACUUUUCAUCCCUUUGUACCAGAACACCAUUUAAUUAAGGGUUAUCUGCCUAGAACCUUUUGGUACUGGAAUUAUAACUAUUAUCCUCCUGUAGAGGGUCCUGGUUGCUGUUCUGAUCUUGCAGUUUCUUUUCACUAUGUUGAUCCUACAACUAUGUAUGAGUUAGAAUACCUCGUUUAUCAUCUUCGUCCAUAUGGUUAUUUAUACAGAUAUCAACCUGCCUUCCCUGAGAAGAUGCUAAAGGAAAUAAGUCAAACAUACAAAAAUGAAGAUACAAAAGUAAAUCAGGAGCCCUUGAAAGAAAAACAUAAAUGAACAGAGGUAAAAUGUCUAACAUUGCACUGAAGAAGAACUUCUCCAUUUCUGAUAUAGAACACUGGAAUCCCAGUGAGGAAUUCUUUCUAAGUGAACAUUCCAUAUUAGAAAUUUUUCAUAUGAAUGACUGUAAACUGAAGCUUUAAGUGAGCUGUGAAGUCUGUUGAAAUGUGUUUUGAUACAGUAAUAUAUAUACGUAUAUGAAAAACUUGUGUUUUUAAAAUGGUGGCCAGGCAGAGGAACUAGAAGAGAUUUUGUUGCCUGUUCCUGACCACAUGUAUUAUUUUCACUGAGAAACUAAAACAGUUAAAUUUGCUAAAACUACACUGCACCAUUGUUAGUAACCCACACACGAUGCUACACAGAUCUGCCUUAAAGAAAAUUUAGAAGGAAAUAUUGUUGUUCAGUGUUGUUUGUAAACUCAAAGCCUGAGUUUAUAUUUGCAGUAUGAUAUAAAUGAACCAACCCCCCGCCCACGCACACACACAUGCAACUUUUGUCUAAUGAAAAUUUUGCUGUGACUAUAAUUGGCAGUAUUUCUUCCAGAAUAAGGUAGACUAAGAAUGGCACUUGACCUAAAGUGCAUUAAUAAAACCACAUUUUGAAAUUAUCAUGGGCCUUGACUGUAUUAUAUACUUGGUUCUAAUUAAUAGUUAAUCUUUUACUGAGUCCCCGUUGUCUCUUUCCUAAACAUGUUUAACCAUUCUUGAAUGCCAUUCUCAACUAUUAAUAUUUAUUUACUGAAAGUAUUAAUAACAUUCUGUAAACAUGCAUUUUUUAAUAUUUUAUUCCCAAAUUUGCCCAUUGUUAAUUAUGGGUAACUAGUAAGUAGUAAAUGUAAUGCUAUUUGGGGAUGCUUUUCUUAUAUUAGUGCCACUCUCAGGAAUCACUAAGUAACAUUUUUAACUGAUUAUUUAAAACUGUCCAACUACAUAAUUAUAGUUCCUUUCAUUCUCAUCCUGUUGAGAGAUGAGAACUUGUUUGUGCCUUUCAUAACUUGUUUAAAGCAGAGUUUUGAGAUUCAUUUUUCAGGCUCUGAGGUGGCUGUUAGUUACACUGGCAAAAUAAUUUGUGAGAUUUUGACCAGAGUUAAUUAAAAACAUUAAAAAAUGCAGAGUGCUUAAACAAAUUGAAAUAUGUCAGAUAUUAAAAGACCAAAUACUUAGUUUACGAAUAACAGCCUGAAUUUUGAUGCUGGCUUAUUUGGGGAUGAUUGUUUUGCCAGUGGACAGUUGUAAGAGAGCUCAGUCUUGAUGACCCGUUCAAGACUUUCAUCAAAAACACAUUCAUAAAUGUUUCAUUCUAAUUUUAGUGACCCUCUAUUUAAAGAAUUUCUGGAAGGAAAGAAAAUUUUAAAUUUUUGUUGUCUUUAGCAAUAUCAUCUGAGUGUAUCAUAACAGAAUACUUCACAGACUUUCCAUAAGAUUAUCUUAAAUGUUACAAAUAAUUUACAUUUCUCUUAUGUUUUAUCAUUAUGCUAAUUUUAUGUGGUUGUCAUGCCAUUGAUUCUGCUGCUUAGCUAAAUAGUUUAUAUUUAUUGUGCCAAAACAUGCGAAACCAUGACCUCUUUCAGUUGUAUAUUUGAGAGGAUGUUCAUCUUAGUGGCUAAUUAUGGAUUACUCUGUCAACAUAGUGAAAACUUACACCAGUUUUUACCAAUUGAAUUGUUUUUUGUUAUUUUCAUGAUGAUAUCAUCUGCCAAAAUUUCAAGGCAUUCAUUCUAUUCUUUGAACAACUCUUUACUUUGGUAUGGAUAGGAAUUUAUUUGCAGUCCAUACGUGCUACUUUUCCGUACUAGAAGUAUAAAUGGUUUGCCAUAAACAUCCAAAAACCUUAAAAUUGAUUCAUAGGAAAUCAACAUUGUGAUGAAUCCUGGGGUCUGAAGUCAGACUGCCUGGGUUUAAAUUCUUGCUCCAUCACUAGUUUUGUAACCUUGAGCAAUUUACUUAAUCUCUCUGUGCCUCAAUUCCCUCAUCUGUAAACUAGGGACAAUAAUACUACCUACCUCACAGGAUUUUUAUGAGGAUUAAAUGAGUGAAUAUGUGUGUGGCUUUUAAAAACACUGUUUGGCCCAGAGUAUGGAGUGCUAAGUAUAAAGUUUUCUUAUUAUUCUUUACCUUGGAGUGUAAAUAUUUGUUUUAAAUUAAUGAGAAAUCUGCUUUAAUCAAAUCAGGUAUUAAAGGAAAUAUCUCAUACAUUUCUUAUAGUAAGUAAUAGCUAGUUUUUAUUUGAUGCCUACUGUAUGCCAGGUAAUGUGCUUACUCUGUGUUAAUCCUCACAAAUUGGGGGUUAUUCCCAUAUUAUAGAUGAGAAAACUGAGGCUCAGAAAACUAAAGUCAUUUUCCACUGUCAGAAAGCUACUAAGUAACAGAGCUAGGAUUUCUUUGCCCCGUGUCAGCCUUGAGGUUAAUCAUUAGUAUUAUUUCCAUUUUUACUUAAUGGCAUGUGACAUCUGAUACAUUGGCCAGCAGUUGUCAAACUAACCAGCCAAAUUGUCAUAGUGGUUCUUAAAUUGUGGUUAUUAUACUCUUGCCUGGGAGCUUGCUAAAACGGAGAUUUCAAGACCCCAAUUCCAGAAAUUUUGAUUCUAUCAUGGGACCCAGGAGUAUGCAUUCUUACCAGAUACCCUUGGGCACUGGUUCUCCACCAGUGUGUGGUCCCAACCAGCAGUAUCAGCAGCACCUGGAAACUUGUUGGUAAUGCAUCCUCUCCUGGGUCUCACCCCAGACCUACUGAAUCAGGAACUCUAGGGGUAGAGGCUAGCAAUUAUGUUUAAACAAGCCCUCCAGGUGAUUCUUAUUCAGCAUUCCCCUAAAACCUGGUGAUUCUGAUGCAAAUCAUCCUUGGAACACGCUGAGGAUUACUUGCCCCAUAAGUAAGGUUAUCUUUCAAAAAUUUAGAUAAAGCAUGUUUUAAAUGAGUGUAGUUCAACAUCACACUAUAUUAAAUGUAAAAGACUAAAGAUAAUUUAAAGGGUCAGUGGAUCAUUCAUUUUGGCAAAAUUCUUUAGCUUCUUCAGAGUUACUAAUAUCAGGGCCCACAGUAAAAUAUGAAGUUUAGUAAUUUCAUAAUGGGGCAGAAAAGUUUCAGUAAAUACUAGUAAGUAUAUAUUAAUUCAUUAAAAGCAUACUUAAAUGAAUGUCAUAAAAAAUGUCCACAAUUGUUAGUAAAAAAAUUUUAGAGGUAGCAAAGUACUAUUUUAUAAUGUGCAGAAUAUUUUUCUGCCAAUUCAUACUAUCAAAAUUUUAUCACUUUCAAGAAUCAGUUGACUGUCCUAUAGGACCUAAUAAAGCAAAAAACUCUCCAAGUAUUUGAUAGAGCACAUAAAACCAGAUUUCAUGAUGAUAAUGACUUACUGUCUUUUAAAUUAAGAUUUUUGUCAUCUGGGUAAAUGAUUUUAGUAUGGUCUCAAAACAGGCUUUUGCUAUCUUACGUUCUCCAAUAUAUACUUGUAUUUUCAAGUGGGAAGUUCAUAGAUGAUACAAAGCAGAUUUUUAUCCCAGAGUUCAAUUGUUUGUUUUCAAAUAAACUUAAGAGGAGUUUUUGUUACUGUAAGAAGAUUCGAAAAUAAAUCACUGACCAAUUUUUUUUUUAAGUAUGGUAAUUGGAUUUGAGCAUUAAAUUUACUAACUGGUUAUUUUCAUAAUUGUUUGAGUAUUAAUUUUUCACUUCCUUGAGCCCAUUAUACUGUAUUAUUACCAGAUUGAGGCUUGAAAAAUCCUUCAUUUGAUUGAUUAGAUCAAGUCUACCCUUUUAUUCAUUUAAAUUUUCAUUUCUUUAGAAUAUUCUCUGACAAUUUCUGCUUCUUUGUAUUUAUUGCCCUUCUUUAUUUCCUUGAUAACUAACUUCCAUUUUCUAACUACUCUUUAUUCUGCCUUCACAAGGUUAAUUUGGCUGUUAUUAGUGAUUAGGGUUUGUAUGUAUCACUUACAUUAUUUUAUACCUAUUAAUGUUAGGUUUCCCUAUGAAAUUGGAAGUAAAAAUUUGUCUAAGAAUAAUGCCUGCUGGCUCUCAGGAUACUUGACCUACUUAAAAAGUCUACAAUGUUAAACUAAUGCUAGAUAUACAAUUAAAUGAAGUAAAAUUAUUUGGAUUCUCCUACUUCCCAAAUUCCCCUUUUCACAAACAAAAUAACCUCAUUUGCCUCAUCUCUCUACUUAUUUACAGUAGGCCUGACAGAAGCAUACUUAAGAAAUCUAGGGGACAACCUGUGGGUUAUUUUGUGCUAAAUGUAAACUCUAUUGAUUUUUAAAAGAUGGCUUAUGUUUAUAUAUUGGAGUUGAAAUAGAGAUUUAAUUCAAAUUAGAAUAAGAAAUUUUAUAAAUUCUCUUUAGAGAAACCAACUCUGAAACUAGUUUCAGAGUUGAAUAAUGCUCUAUUUCAGUUCCUUUACCUCUCUAGUUUUUAGUUUAUUUGUGUUAAGUUUAAAUAACUUUGCAGGGCCCUGCAAAUUAAUAAUCCAUAUAAAGUAUAUUAUUAGAGGGAAACUAAUCUUACUGCUAAGCAGUGUGUUAUAUUACCCAGUGAACGUUUGUGUUUUGGAAUUUAAAAAUUAUGUAAGGUAAUAGUAUCAUGAAUGAUUUAAAAAUGUCUGGUGACUUGCUUAUUUUAAGUGAUCACCGAUAAGUCAGAAAAAUGUAUUUUUAAAUAUGUUUUUUAAAGUGCCUUUUGAACAUUUUUAAACAAUGGAUUUAAACAAACUGCAUAGAA